AUGGCUAGAGGCUGGAGAGGAAUCCUCGUGUCGACCUUGCUGGUGGUGUCUGCCGGCUGUUCCGCGCAGCAGCAGCAGCAGCAGCCGGCCGCCCUGCCCAGCGCCACUGCCGACGAGAUGUUCAUCAUCAUCGCAAGAGCAGUUCAGCAAGAGCUACGGCCGAUCGUCAGAAAACUCGAGUCACAAGUGGAGUCGCUGGACAAUAGACUGACUCUACUCGACUCUCGAGUGACUGAAUGGACCACCCACAUUUUAAGGAGCAGACAGAGUGAGCAGAUGGAAGAGCUGUCCAGUCAACUGACUGGAAUCACUUCGAGACUUGACAGCCAGCAAUCGCAACUGAGCGAGCUCAACACCCAGCUGAAUGAACAAAAAUCACAACAAGAGGAGACGGCAGCCUCAGUGAACAGCUUCAGAGCGCAACUAGACAUCAUCGUUUCACAGCAAGGAGAUCAACUCACACAGACGUCUCAACUAGCUACAAGGCUCGAUAGCCAGCAAUCUCAACUGAGCGAGCUCAAGACCCAGCUGAACAAACAAAAAACCCAACAAGAGGAGACUGCAGCCACCGUGAACGGCAAUACGGAACGACUGGAAUCCAAUGUAACUUGGCUAGAAAAUCAACUAACAAAGGUGUCUGGACUGGCCAACAGGCUCGACAGCCAGCUUGAAUCACAACUGGACGAGCUCAGUGACCAGCUGAACGAGCAGAAAUCAGUUCAGAACGUGACUACAGUCGCAUUGGAUAAUCAUACAACACUUAUUGAUGCCACGACAUCACAGACUGUCACUCCAGUGUCCCAGCUGGCUGAAACCAUGAAUAAGACAGCAGCCUCACAGGAGAGCAUAGAUCAUCUGGCUUCUGAGGUAAAGCAGCCGCCUCCUCCCCGUGAUUGCAGCGACAUUCCUGUCGACUCCCCGUCUGGAGUCUACCUCCUUCUGCCCAGUGGUAACAGCAAACAACCACCCGUCGAGGCCUACUGCGACAUGGAAACUGUCGGAGGGAACUGGACGGUGAUCCAGCGAAGAGACGACAUCAAACCCCACCAGGACUUCUUCCUCGGAUGGGGGGACUAUAAGGAAGGCUUCGGUAAUGUUACCAAAGAAUUCUGGUGGGGUUUAGAACACCUAUUUCAGCUGACGUCAUCAGGCCGACGGUACGAACUUCGUAUUGAUCUAGAGGCGUUUGACGGCAAUCAAAGAUACGCCAUAUACCAAGGGUUCCGUAUCUCGUCUGAGCUCAAUGGCUACGCACUGAGCGCCUCCGACUACUCGGGAAAUACCGGGGAUUGUCUGUGGUACAGCGUCGAUAGCAAGUUUUCUACCCGUGACCGUGACCAGGACAUGAUCAUCGGUCACUGCGCACAGAAGCAUCAGGGGGCCUGGUGGUACGCCAGGAGAUGCGGGUACAGCAGUCUGAACGGAUGGUACCGGGACGGCGGCAUUCAGGACUACACUGGAGUAUGGUGGUACACGUGGAGGGGAUAUGAGUCACUGAAGAAAUCAGAAAUGAAGAUCAGGCCAGCCUAUGGAUACUACACACGAAGGAGGACAUCACAGUGA